GAGCAGUCCUUUCUACAACUCUGUGUUGGAAAGUGUAACAGUAUAAAGCUUAUCGACAUUCCACUUAUAAACAAGAAAUAUGGCUGAACCCAAGGGAGACAUUGCAUUAAUUGGGCUGGCAGUGAUGGGCCAGAACAUCAUCCUCAACAUGAACGACCAUGGAUUCACGGUGGUUGCCUUUAACCGAACUGUAUCCAAGGUUGAUGACUUUAUGAACAAUGAAGCCAAGGGCACCAACAUUAUUGGAGCUAAAUCAAUGGAGGAAAUGGUCAGUCUGCUGAAAAAACCAAGGAGGGUUAUGUUACUGGUCAAGGCUGGAGCUGCAGUGGACGCCUUCAUUGACAAAUUGGUGCCUCUACUAGAAAAGGGAGACAUCAUCAUUGACGGAGGGAAUUCUGAAUACAAAGACACAAAUAGGAGAUGUAAGGCCUUGGCUGAAAAGGGUCUAUUGUUUGUGGGUAGUGGAGUAAGUGGAGGAGAGGACGGUGCCAGAUAUGGACCCUCUCUCAUGCCUGGUGGAUCACCAGAAGCAUGGCCUCAUAUUAAGAACAUUUUCCAGUCCAUUGCUGCCAAAUCUGGGGAUGAGCCUUGUUGUGAUUGGGUUGGAAGUGAGGGUGCAGGACACUUUGUGAAAAUGGUCCACAAUGGUAUUGAGUAUGGAGACAUGCAGCUCAUCUGUGAGGCAUACAAUGUUAUGAAGGAUGGAUUAGGCAUGAAUCAGUUGGAAAUGGCUGAUGUUUUCGAGGAGUGGAAUAAAACUGAACUGGAUUCAUUUCUGAUUGAAAUCACCCGAGACAUCCUUCGUUAUAAGAACAGUGAUGGCAGUUUCCUACUGGAACAGAUACGUGACACAGCAGGACAGAAAGGCACAGGGAAAUGGACAGCCAUAUCAGCACUGGAAUAUGGUGUGCCAGUGUCUCUUAUCGGUGAGGCUGUGUUUGCAAGAUGUUUAUCUGCCCUUCAACAAGAAAGAAUUGAAGCCAGUAAACAUAUUGAGGGACCAGAGAAAACCAAGUAUGAGGGCGACAAGAAGCAGUUAGUGGCUGAUCUAAAGCUGGCGUUGUAUGCCUCUAAGAUUGUCUCCUAUGCACAAGGGUUCAUGUUGAUGCGGGAAGCUGGAUCAGAAUUAAACUGGGACCUGAACUUUGGCGGUAUCGCUUUGAUGUGGCGAGGAGGGUGUAUUAUCCGCAGUCGUUUCCUGGGCAAGAUAAAAGAGGCCUUUGACAAAAAUCCUAAACUGAGUAAUCUCCUCUUGGAUGAGUACUUUAAGCAAGAGAUAAAGAAAUGCCAGGCUGCCUGGCGAAGGGUUGUGUCCACAGCUGUCCUAUUGGGAAUCCCUACGCCCGCCUUCAGCACAGCCUUGGCAUUCUUUGAUGGGUACCGGUCAGCCAGACUACCUGCUAACCUUUUACAGGCACAGAGGGACUAUUUUGGAGCUCAUACUUACGAACUGUUGAGUAAUCCUGGUAAAUUCAUCCACACAAACUGGACUGGACAUGGUGGAACCGUAUCGUCCAGUACUUAUGAUGCUUAAUCAUGCUGGAUCAUCCUUCACAUACACAAAUAUCUGGACACUUUUUUCAGAUAAUUGGAGACUUCUUCAUAAAGGGAGACAAUUUCAUUGAAUGGGUUAUAGAUUUAUCGAUGGUAUUGGUAUACAAGAUCUGAAUGGUAACAAAGAAAGAAAGAUAGUUAGUCAUCAUUGUAUGUAAUAUGUACUAAUGUCAUAUAGCUAACAAGUUGUAGUAAAUAAAUUCAAUAUGAUAUAAAUCUAUAUUCGGAACUUCUAACUAAUGCUUGUUAGAGACAGAUGUAGAGUAGCAUAGUACAAAGGAGUUUCUUUUUUAAAACUGGGUUAUGUUGAUUGAAAUUUUAUCAACAUGGUUUGCUGUUUUAACAAAGUUGACAAGAAAAACAGUACAGCAAGGAUCAUGAUGCAAGUUUUUGACAAUAAUUUUUAUAUCGCUGUACAACAUCGCUAUACGUGUGUGCAAUUUUGAUAGAUAUAGCUGUAUCAAUAUUUUCUGUUCACAUUUCUGCAAGAAUGUCACAAUCAAUGGGAUAACUACCAAAUAUUUCCUGUCAAAUUUACUGAUAUACCAGUACACAAAUCCAGUACUUAACUUAUUGUUAAGACGACUACUGUUAACAAAACACAUUUUUAAAUAUAGAUUGUUGUACUUUGUGAAAGCUUAUUUGCGACAUUGUUGAAUUUGUUGAGAAGUAUCAGUUUUAUCAUGCAAACAUAUAUUUAUAUUUUUCGGUUGAACUAGAAUGCGUAAUAUUAUGUAGGUAUGUGACAGAACGAGGCUAUUUGGUGCAUUCUUACAAAAACAGUUACCUUGUAUUAUUUGAUGAAAUCUAUAUAAACUACACACAGGUACCCAGAAUUGUCCUUACUGAAUACAAAAUUUCUUAUAAUUUCUGGGUUUUUUUUUUUGUUUUUUGUCUAUGUGUUAAGUGGCUUUUUUCGUUAUAUUUUUUUUUUUUUUGUGUUUUUUUGUCUGGAGGAAUGCAGUGGGCAUCGUUGGUCAAAUUUAUUGCAAGCAGAGCUUCUUUUCAAUGAUUUGAGAAUUUUAUUGGCACUCGGUGACAUCAAAAUGCUUUAAUUAGUACAUUUUAAACAAAUACAUGUACAAUGUAUUUAACGUUUGGAUAGUUCAGUUAUUUAUCUUUUUAACUAUGUCUCGAUUUUUGGUGCUGACCUUUUUCUCUGUGAGCUGUGAGUGUUAGAACAAUCGUAUUGAUGUUUGAAAUCCAACAAGUAUAUAUAAUUUUUUUUAACAGAAAUUAUUGAUACAUAUUUAUGAUAUAAUCUGCAGAAAACUGUAGUGCUAAUUCUUUGAAAAUGAAAUGGGUAUAUCUCUUACAAUAUCUUAAUAAUUUAAAAUUUUCUCCACAAAAUACAUGUGAUUCUGUGAUCCUAGAUUUAGCUAUCCUCUGUGAUUGUCAGAUUUGAUAUUCUUUUGUUUGUUGGAGUUUCUGUGUCUCUACCGUACAUAAUAUAGAUAUAUAUUUGGUAAGAAUACCUUUAAUUGAUAUGUUUGUGUGAGAGAAAGAUUGUAUUCAAUUGUCAAAAUAGUGAUAAUUCUGUGACUAAUAUUCACGUUCAACAAAAGAGUGCUUUUUUGUCUAUCAAUGACAAUUUGUCACGUAACAUAACAAAUUUUACCGUUCAUGAAAAUUUACCUCAAAAACGCAUUGUAAAUUGUUUUCAUAUACACACAUGUAUUGUGAUACAAAUUACACUUACAAAAACUUAUAUUCAACAUUUAGAUUUUGUAUUGCUUUUUCACCUAAAUCAUAAAUAAUAAAGCUUUGCAUGAAACAGAUGAAAUAGUCAUUUUUUGUGUUAAGGUAGAAAGACCUUUUUGAUACACACUUUUGUACCUUUAAUGAAGAAGAAUUCAGAAAUCUUUCUGCACUUUGCUGACCUGGAGUUGCUUGCUUCUUUACCUAGGAUUUCCUUUUUAAAGAAAACACAUCUUGACAAUGUUGAUAUCAGAUCUGAAACCUGAUGGUGAUGAAGCAGAAUUCAUAAGUUCUGUAUUAUUGAUAUCUACCAUUUGAUUGUGUUUUUCAGCAUCAUUAAAAAGAAUUUCAAAUUAGCUAAAUCCAUUUAGAAUUUAAAAACCUUCAAUAAUUAUUUUUGUUACACUUAUUGAGGACACAAUGUAAAAAACUUUUCAAAAUUUAUAAUACUGCACAAAGUGCUAGACUUUCUUUCAAACAAGUGUUUCCUUCUGUGUUAGAAAUGAAAGCAGCUUUAUAAAAAUAUUGAAUAUAUAAAGUUACUUUGCUUGAAAUUUUUGAAUCUGUAGAUGAUUUUUUCUGAUGAAAUUAACACCUAAAAAAUACACUAUACAGAAUUUAAAUUUUAGUUCAAAUUCAUGAUAAUAAACAUAAUUUUGUACGAUCAUCACACUUUCAAGUGCAAUAUAAUUGAUAACUUAUGUUAAUGUAUGAUCAUUAAAGAUGAAAUAAAUUGAUAAUUGAUUGUUUUA